AUGCCUCGCCCUAAUCUCACGCGCCCCCGGCGGCCUUGGUGCAUCGCUAUCUCCAUCGCCAUUGCCGUGGUGAUCAUUAUUGUCAUUGUUGUUCCCUGCGCAGUCCUAUUAACUCGCAAGCAUGGUGGUGAGAAGACGAAUGUUCUAUUCCCACUAUACAUCUACCCCACCAAUGACAGUACAUGGGACCCUUUAUAUGAAUCGGUCACGACGCACCCGGACCUGAACUUCACGGUCAUCAUCAACCCCUCGAGCGGGCCCGGCUCCAGUGCGUAUCCCUCGGAGGACUAUACCUCCUCGGUGGAACGGCUUAGCACAUAUUCCAAUGUACGCAAGGUUGGAUAUGUGCGCACAGCUUAUGCCACGCGCAACAUCACCGCUGUGCUGGAUGAUGUUGCCACUUAUGCCGGGUGGGCGAAUCGAUCGCUGACACUAGCGAUGGACGGGAUUUUCUUCGACGAAGCCCCCUAUGACUACUCGGCAGCAAAGGCUGAGUACAUGCAGACGAUCAGCGAGGCCGUCAAGAGUUCGUCGGGAUUGCGCCGAGAUCGCAUGGUGAUCCACAAUCCCGGUACCAUUCCGGAUAGUCGCUACGAGAACAACGCGACGGACGUCACAGUGGUGUUUGAGAGUUCCUAUCAGGAUUUUCACACGGAAAAGCAUAGUCUGAAUGCCAUGGCGUCGAAUCGCACGGCAUAUGCGUAUAUGCUGCACUCGGUCCCUGACAAUCUCAGCAACGGCACGUUGCGCAGUUUUGUCAACCAGAUGAGCCGAAAGGCCGGAAUUGCUGCCUAUCCCGAGCUCGAGUUCCUGGUGAUCGUCAACCCCAACAGUGGACCGGGUGCCUUGCCGUGCCCCGAUGCCAACUAUGCGCGCGAAGUGGCCCGCCUGAAUGCCUGCCCUAAUGUCUAUCCGGUCGGCUAUAUCCGCAUCGACUAUUGCCGAAAGCCAUUGGCCGCUGCCUGUGAGGAGAUCGAUCGCUAUGCCAGCUGGGCCGCCGAGUAUGCCACGACGGGUUUAGGCGUGGGUGGCAUCAUGGUCGAUGAGACUCCCAACCACUUCAAUGCCGCUCAGGCCGAGUAUUUGCGUGCGCUUCAUCGUCACAUCAAGAAUUGCUCGGGGCUUCUCCGCGAUCGAUUGGUGGUUCACAACCCAGGUACCCCCCCAGAUCCCGAGAUGGCCGAUGCAGGCUCAGAUCUCCUGCUGGUCUGUGAGGAGCCAUUUGCACGCUGGCAAACCAAUGAGGUGCAACAUCGUCUAGGCGAGCUUCCCUAUCCUCGCGAUCGCUGCGGUUACAUGGUCACGGAAGUCCCGAACCAUCAUUUGCCUGCUCUGGUGCGUGAUCUGCGUCGUCGUGCCGCCUACAUAUUUGUCACGGAAAUCGUAGGCGAUUUCUACGAGCGCUUUGGUCCCUCCAGCUGGGGCAUGUUGAUGGAGUCUCUGUCGGAACAGGCACAGUAG